AUGUCCCUUUCUCAAGCAUCCGAUGCUCCAGCCAAGAAACCUCUGCAAAAGUCCUCCGUCCUUCCAAAACAGGGUGCUCCGACCAAAGCGCCUCUAAAACAAACCAACGGGCCUGCAAAGGCCACAGCAGCACAGGGAGGGAUGUCGGUAGCGGCUGGAAAUCUGGAAAACUUUGACGCCAAAAAUCCUGGCAAUGGACGACCCACCCGUUCAAAUCGCAGCACUCGUCUUUUCAAUAUGGAGAAGACUUCAGAAGUCAUCGGCCACGACUUGGAAAAGAUCAAUCGAAAACGUGCUGGUACUUUUUUGGAGGAAUCCCAAGACGCCAUGCCAGGAAUACCCAAGAACCCUAUGGCUCCACCAGCGACAAAACGCCGAAAAGCCACCAAGAAGGGUGCAUCAAAGAGCAUGGUUUCUGCUGAUCCUCCACUGCUGAAGACUGCCCCAAAGCCCAUUCGGAGUGGGCUGCCCUCGGGCAUUCAUCCGCGCCUGCAAGGCCUCAAUCCCAGCCAUUCAAAUGGCACCCAGUCCUGGAAAGAGAUUGAUGAACGCUCGCCAUCAGAAGAUGAGCAGAAUGCCCUUGCUGUGAUCCAAAAAAGACAAAGCAAAGUGCCUGAUGAAGCAGUGGUUGCUGGGGACUUGGACAUUCUGGAAGAACAUCAUAAAAAGAACCGCCCAAACCGCGCACCGCAGCCUGCACGUCUCGAAGUUGCAGCUGAACACCAACGACGAGUCCAGGACAUCGCCCAAGAUUUUCUCACUCAAGGCGAGCAUGAGGAAUCCUCCGAUGAGGAAGAGGAGGAUCCAUCUUCUUCUGAGGAGGGCCGUGCUCAUGCUCCUCGUAACUCUCGCUUUGAUGGGGAAGUCAAGCUGACAACUCUCGGAUACUAUCAUGGAACUUUCAAGGACGCAAUUGAACAAGCAAAGAAGGAGUUUCGAGGAUAUGUAAUGCUACACAAUGGAUUCCCAGAGCGCAGCAAACACCUCCAUGAAGCAGGCCACAUCCUUACACGAGUGAUUGAAAAUGAUGUUGCUCUUGGAACAGAGGACAUUCAAACACGUAAUACCAACGUCGUCGUCUUUAAGGAAGCCUCAACGUACCGUGGCAAGAUGAAGAUCUUAGCUCGCCAUCUUGUACCCCGGUUCUAUAAGGAGGAGCUGAACCCCGAUUUUUCAGGUGGAAAUCAGCUUGAACAGCAAGAUAUAGUUGCCACCAACGUUGCCGAGCUACUUGGAGAGGAGAGCCCAUACCUUCUGAAUGGAAAGGAUGAGCAGGGAAAAUCCAACAAUAUCGCACAUCCAUGCAUUCGUGAACUCUGCAUUCAACACUUCUAUGGAAAUGGCCAAGAUUCGAUUGCAAAAACCUUUGAAGACCAAUUCAAAGAUGCCAUACCUGAGCAUGCCAUCGCUGUCGUCAUGGCCUGCGUAUACAAUGCCUUGGAAGAAUAUGAGCUGGGUUACUUCUGGAAGCGCCCCUUCAAAGGCGCUCGCUACAAGGAAAUCUAUGAAACCUCGCUGGAUCUUAUCGAGGAGGUCAAAGCCAGCCCAUACCACAAAACUAAGUGGGACAACAACCGCCACCGUUGGGCUCGAGAUGGAAUGAAGCUUCUCAACCCAGCGACGGAGAGGAGGAGGACCAAAAUGAAGGUCCACCUCGAUUGA